ACAUCCGGUUGAAUUGUCUUCGUAGCCUUCAUAGCAUCAAAAAUGGCAGCGUUUUCUGAAAUGGGAGUAAUGCCUGAGAUAGCGCAGGCUGUGGAGGAGAUGGACUGGCUACUACCUACUGACAUCCAGGCAGAAUCAAUCCCCCUGAUUCUUGGUGGAGGUGAUGUACUGAUGGCUGCUGAAACUGGAAGUGGCAAAACAGGAGCCUUCAGUAUCCCAGUGAUCCAGAUUGUGUAUGAGACUCUGAAGGACCAGCAGGAAGGCAAGAAGGGCAGAGCCUUGGUCAAAACAGGAGGAACUGUUUUCAACACCUGGCAGAUGAACCCAUAUGACCGUAGCUCAGCAUUUGCUAUCGGACCUGACGGACUGUGUUGCCAGAGCAGAGAGUUUAAAGAGUGGCAUGGGUGCCGCACCACUAAAGGUGUCACAAAAGGAAAGUACUACUAUGAGGUAACCUGCCACGACCAGGGUCUAUGCCGAGUGGGCUGGUCCACCAGUCAAGCAGCUCUGGAUUUAGGAACUGAUAAGUAUGGCUUUGGUUUUGGUGGAACUGGAAAGAAGUCCAACAACAAGCAGUUUGAUAGCUAUGGAGAGGAGUUUACCAUGCAUGACACUAUCGGAUGCUAUCUGGAUCUAGACAAGAGCCAGAUUUCCUUCUCAAAAAAUGGGAAUGAAUUGGGUUUGGCUUUUGAUAUUCCUCAGAAUAUGAGGAGCCAGGCUUUCUUUGCCUCUUGCGUUCUCAAGAAUGCUGAGCUGAAGUUCAACUUCGGAGGAGAAGAUUUCAAACACCCCCCUAAGGGUGGGUUUGUCGCCCUGGAUCAGGCACCAGAGAGUCACACAGUCAAAUCUUCUCAAACAGGCAGUGCCAAAGUGAGUCAAGCGAAAGCUUCAUCAAACGCUCCCAAAGCCCUGAUCAUUGAGCCUUCUAAAGAAUUGGCAGAGCAAACCUUCAACAAUGUCAAGCAGUUUAAGAAAUUUGUGGAUAAUCCCAAAUUACGGGAACUUCUGGUGAUUGGUGGUGUGGCUGCCAAAGAGCAGCUAGCAGUUCUGGAACAGGGGGUUGACAUUGUGGUGGGAACACCAGGCAGACUGGAUGAUCUCAUAUCUACUGGGAAACUCAGUCUGUCCCAAGUCCGCUUUCUGGUCCUGGACGAGUGUGAUGGACUCCUAUCAGCAGGCUACACAGAUUUUAUCAACAGGAUUCACAAACAAAUCCCUCAGGUCACAUCUGAUGGCAAGAGGCUUCAGGUUAUCGUUUGUUCGGCCACACUGCACUCAUUUGAUGUGAAGAAGCUGUCUGAGCGCAUCAUGCACUUUCCCACUUGGGUGGACCUGAAAGGGGAGGACUCAGUUCCCGAGACCGUCCACCACGUGGUGGUACCCGUUAAUCCGAAGAGCGACCGUCUGUGGGAGCGCCUCGGCAAAAACCGCAUCAGGACUGAUGAAGUUCAUGCCAAAGAUAACACCAGGCCAGGAGCCAACUCUCCAGAAAUGUGGUCAGAAGCCAUCAAGGUGCUGAAGGGCGAGUACGCAGUCCGAGCCAUUAAAGAACACAAAAUGGACCAGGCUAUAAUCUUCUGUCGCACCAAGAUUGACUGCGACAACAUGGAGCAAUACUUCAUCCAGCAAGGAGGAGGUCCAGACAGUAAAGGUCACCAGUUUUCCUGUGUUUGUCUUCAUGGAGAUCGGAAGCCCAACGAGAGGAAAAAUAACUUGGAGCGCUUCAAGAGAAAGGAAGUGAAGUUGCUGAUCUGCACAGAUGUAGCAGCCAGAGGGAUCGACAUUCACGGAGUUCCCUUCGUGAUUAACGUCACCCUGCCAGACGAGAAGCAGAAUUAUGUCCAUCGUAUCGGCAGAGUCGGACGAGCUGAAAGAAUGGGACUUGCCAUCUCCCUGGUUGCAAUGGAAAAAGAGAAGGUGUGGUACCAUGUUUGCCCAAACCGAGGCAGAGGCUGCUACAACACCCAGCUGAAGGAGGACGGAGGGUGCACCAUCUGGUACAACGAGAAAGAGCUCCUGUCAGAGAUUGAGGAGCAUCUGAAAUGCACCAUCACCCAGUGUGAGCCAGAUAUCAAAAUACCCCUGGAUGAGUUUGACGGAAAGGUGACCUAUGGACAACGCAGAGCUUUGGGAGGUGGAAACUAUAAGGGUCACGUGGAUGUUCUGGCCCCGACAGUCCAGGAGUUGGCCAUUUUGGAGAGAGAAGCCCAGACAUCUUUCCUUCAUCUGGGAUACCUGCCAAACCAGCUGUUCAGGGCCUUCUGAGCAUAAAUCAGCUCACACCAUAGCAGCUUUCUGUUUUCACAAUUAAAAUAUUCAAAUAUUUAAAUCUGACAUGCGUUGUACACGGAAAUGCUCAGAAAUGGUGAUAUUUCAGCAGACUCUUGAGUUGUUUUUGUCAUUUAUCUCAAGUUAGAUGAGAAACUGGUAACAUUAAGUGGGUUUAUUUUUAUGUUUGAAGUGAGAAACAUCUUUAAUGAAUAAUGAAUGAGAAAUUUAACGUUCUUCCUAAUUUCUUGGACUUUUUGUUGUUGUUUUUU